AUGGCUGACGAAGUACCACAAAAUCGUCCUCUUAAAUUCUACGCUACCCCAUCUCAACAAGAACCUCACAACAGCAUUGCUGCCCCUGCUAUUAAUCGAAACGAUUUCGAGCUGAAACCCUCACUCUUAUCAGCCGUCCAACAACAUCAAUUUGCUGGAAAUUCGACAGACGAUCCUAAUGAACACCUGACCAAGUUUGUGCAAUACGCAGAUACUAUUUCACAAGUGGCUCAACACCAAGCGUCUACAGCCGCUCCAGCUGGAACAUUUCCUGGACAGCCGCAACCUAAUCCGAAGGGACAUGCAAAUGUCGUUAUACUGAGGAGUGGAAAAGAAGUAGAUGGACCCAUAAAUCCAAGACUUCAAAACCCUGCCAUGUACCAAAAACCAGAUAAAACCUCAACUGAGCAGGUGAAUGAACCAAAGGAAAUAGAAGAUAAUACCCGGGAGGCCGAAGAGAAAGAGAAACCUUAUGUGCCUCCACCUCCUUAUAAACCAACCAUUCUGUAUCCUCAAAGACUCAAAAGUUCUAAAACUGCAAAUCAAUUUAGGAAAUUUGUUGAGCUUCUGAAAAAAUUAAACAUUACGAUACCCUUUACAGAAGCCAUCACACAAAUGCCUUUCUACGCCAAAUUUCUUAAGGAAAUCCUAUCCAAUAAGAAAAAGAUUGAGGAUGACAAAACAAUUACACUUACUGCCGAGUGUACCGCCAUAAUCCAAAACAACAUGCCUCCUAAACUAAAAGACUCGGUGGCCGCGGUACUGGGACAAAGGAAGGAUAAGAAGCUUCAUGCUAUUUAUUAUGCAAGUAGAACGCUUGAUCCUGCCCAAAUGAACUACGCCACCACUGAAAAAGAACUUUUAGCUAUCGUGUUCGCUUUGGACAAAUUCCGUUCCUACCUGGUGGGGGCGAAAAUUAUCAUCUAUAUCGACCAUGCUGCUAUUAGAUAUUUGUUAAAAUUGGAACACAAAGUGUAUUGGGAAAUUAAAACCCUUAACAUCAACUACACUUCUGCAGGCGAGAAGCGAAUUCUGGACAUCCACGAAUUAGAAGAGCUCAGAUUGGACGCUUACGAGAAUGCCAGGAUCUACAAAGAACAAACCAAAAGAUGGCAUGACAAACGUAUCUCUAGGAAGGAGUUUAAAGUCGGCGACAUAGUGCUGCUAUUUAACUCUAGACUCAAACUCUUUCCAGGAAAGCUCAAAUCUCGGUGGUCUAGUCCGUUCGAGAUCACCAAAGUUCUCACUAGUGGCGCGAUAGAAAUAAAAGGUAGAAAUAGUGACCCUUUUGUAGUAAACGGGCAGCGCUUAAAGCACUAUCAUAACAUAGAAAACAGAGACUAUUCGAACAGUCUCAGACUCAUACAGCUGCCCGCUCAACCCCAAACCUAG